AUGAGUCUUUAUAUGUCAUUGAUUUUUGGUGUCUUGGUGGCUGAAAUGGCCAUCGUCACUGUUCUAUUAUUGCCUCUCCCACACAAGAUUCGCAAGAAGAUUGUUCAAUUUUCAUUCUUCAUCUGGAACCAAACACAAAUUCGCGUGGCCAUUAUGGUAUGCAGCGCCCUCGUUGGGUUGAUGUUUGUUGACUCUGCCCAAAGAUCAUUUAAACACCCACUUGUACGUGAAGCAGAAGCUGGCCCAGCAGGGCAUUUGAGCCAUGGGUAUAAUGAGCUUAGUAGUAGUGAAUAUUUGGCAAGAAAGUUCUAUAAUCAAAGAAACUUCUACUUAACGGGGAUUGUCCUUUGUUUAGGGAUGGCAAUUCCAACCAUUCUCAUAUUGUUGGAGAAGAUCAUUAAAUGGGACAAUAUUUUGAAGUCUACUAACGGCGGUAGUAGUGUCGAUAGCAUCAAGAAACAAUUGGAUGCUAAGGACAAGGAUAUUGCUACGUUGAAAAAACAAAUCGAAGGUUUGCAAAAAGCGUACAACGAAAAGGCUGAUGCCAAGAAUCCUGUCAGUGGAGAUUCAAAGAAAUCCGCUUGA